AUGAGGGGGCGCUGGCUGCUUGAAGUGAAUGUAAAUACGAUAGGUAUACAGUGCAGCCAAUGAAAAUGAAAUAUAACAAUUACCAGUUUGUAACCAACGGUUUUUGAAUUCGAACUUCAAUGGUGGAACCGUUUUGACAAUUGCAGCGUAUUGCAGUACGCGUUGAUAGAACUAUACAUCUUUUCAGAAAAUUCACUGAAGGUCAGAUAUGUGAUUUGUGAAUAACAUUGCAAAGUGCUGUGAUAUUUCUCUUAUCAUGCCAUCCACACAAAUGGAUGACACUCUAGCAUCGAUCAGACCUUCAAGUAACGAAACAAUGCAAAAGUCUACCAUCUAUGAGAGAGACCCCAGCAUUCUAGCAUGUGGGCAGGUGAAUGUUCCUUUGAAGCAGAGUAACAAAAAAUUACAAUCUCUUUUUGAGGAUGAGGAAUCAGACUCAAGAGGGUCGUACUCCUCAUUACAAUCAAUAUCAGCUUUAUCCAGUACUAUUAGGGUCUACCUUAGGAUGAGGCCAUUAACAAAGAAAGCAGAGUUGACCAAAGAACAUGAAAUGGCCUAUGAGAUUUUGGAUUCGAAUACAUUAUUGACCAGACUUCCUAGUCCAGACUUUAAUUGUAGUUCAUUCAAGAGACCCAAGGGAAAUGACACGUUGUCUAGAAAGUUUACAUUCACUUCUACAUUUGGACCAGAAACAACUCAACGGCAACUUUUUGAGACAAUAAUUGAACAACAGAUGAUUAAUCUUUUGAACGGACAAACUGGAACUGUAAUGAGUUAUGGAACAACUAAUGCAGGAAAAUCUUAUACCCUUCAGGGAACCACGUCCUCUCCGGGUAUAAUACCCCGAGCGUUAGAAUUCAUUUUUAACAAUUUAAAUCCGCGACCUGUUCCGUGCUAUAAGCCUCUCUACAACACAGAAGUUGUUAGUCUUGAUGCAAGUGAUCAAGCCUAUGAGUUGGACUUGAAAGUGAAACUGCUUUCGUUUGGGCCGAUAGAUAAAAGUCAAUACAUUCAAGCUUACAUGGCUAUGCAACAAAUUUUACAGAAUGAGUCGCCACAAAAGCCCUGCAAAAUCAGUGACAGUGAUUAUUCAAUUUGGGUCUCAUUUGCUGAAAUAUACAACGAGACUAUUCAUGAUUUGCUGUCGAAUGAUUGCCCCAAAAAGAGGGUACCUUUGAAAUUGGCUACCGAUAGCAAUGGAAAGGCAUUCAUUAAAGGCCUUAAAAUGGUAUGCGUAAAUUCUGGCUCAGAGGCAUAUCAGCUUUUGAUGGCGGGUCAAUAUAACUUGAAAGUCGCAUCUACUACUUUGAAUGCACGAAGUUCUCGCUCUCACUCUAUUUUCACUGUCAAACUGUUGAAAUAUCACAAGGAAAAUUCACCGGCACAUGUAGAAGUUAGCACAUUUUCGUUCUGCGAUCUGGCUGGAUCAGAACGAUUAAAAAAAACGCUGAACGCUGGCGAGCGUUUAAAAGAGGCCCAAAAUAUAAACACGAGUCUUCUAGUUCUCGGGAGGUGUUUGAAAUCCAUUUUUGAAGGGCAAGUAGCAAAGCCCAAGUAUGAAGUAAUAGGACCAUUUAGAGAGUCCAAACUAACCCGAUUAUUCCAAAGUGCUUUGUCCGGAAAAGAACAUAUUGCUCUUAUUGUAAAUGUCAAUCCUUCUCCUGAUUUGCAUGUCGAAACUCAAAAUGUUCUGAAUUUCUCUGCCAUCGCUAAACAAAUAGUCGUCGAACCUGUUGCACGUGCCAAAAGAAGGACUUCUAGUACAAGGUUCUCGCAACUUGUCUCGCAGAGUAUCAAGACUGUUACUGAUUGGGACUUGACCAAAUUUGAGAGUGUUAUAGGGGAUGAAUCUUGUGCAAGCACGGAAAGAGCAGAAUAUAUUCAUCUGGAAGAAUAUGAUGAAGUAGUGAGGGAGAAUAAGAAAUUGAAAAAGGAAAUAGCAAAGCUAAAAGUAUCUCUACUGAACACAGACUUUGAAAUUCGUGACGAAAUGUCAAAAAUGUACUCCGUUAUAAUCUCAGACCUCGAGACGAACUUCAAAAAUCGAUUACAAGAUAUGGAAGAACAGCAAGAAGAAAUGCUUGAAUGGUCGGUAGAGCAACUCAAAGAUUAUUACGAGGCUAAAUUAAACCUAUUAUCGCAAAGACAACAAAGCAGUCUCAGUCUCAGUACUGAUGCUGAGGAAAAUGCCAGUAUCGAAGAACUUGAGGCUGAGAAUACACAGCUCACAGCCAAAAUUGAAACUCUGAAAAAAAGUGUCAAGGAACUACGUGAAUCUGAAGAGAAAUUGAAACUAGAAAAUAAUCAUAUUGUUCUCGAACUUUCUCUGGUGAAAAAAGAUCUGCAGAAUUGUAGAACUCUCUUGAUCGCUGCCCAAAAUGAUAUCAGCUGCAGCGAAGAACCCAGCAGAAUUAUUGAAGAGCUUAAAAAACAAUUGUCUGCUCGAGAGGAGCAAAUCAAGUCCCUGAAAGAGUAUUUAGAUGAGGCAAAAGCAGAAUGGUUGCGAAUCACUGAGGUUGAAUCAGAACUGGAAAAGACCAUCGAAAAGAGAGAUGAACAGCUAAUGAAAGCAACAGAAUUGAUAGCUGAUCUUUCAGAACAAAUUGAGCAAGCUAACAUUUGUUUAGUAGGUAGUACAAAGAAUAUUGAGGAUCUUGAAGAAAAGCUAGAGGCUUAUGCCAAGGUCUUAGCCGAUGCUGAGGAAAAAUCGCAUAAUGCUGAGGACAGAUGGCAUAAAUCGGAUGCUAAUUGUUUGGUACUUUAUAACGAGAAAGAGAAGUUACAGAAAUGCUUGGACGAAGAGAUUGCACGCGCUCAAGAUACCCAAGUAAAUAGUGCUGCUGACGAUUCCAUUAAGAAAGAACAGUUAUUAGAACUCGGAAAAUUAAAAGACGAGCUUGGUGGUAUAACUCUGGAAGUGAAGGAUUUGAAAGAGUUAAUUGCAAUAAAAGAUGAAAAGAUGGAAGGCUUGAAAUCCAAAGUUCUCGACGGAGAAAACGAAAACGCAUUGCUGAAGCAGAGAUUACUUCAAAGCAGCAAUCAUACGAAAGAUCUCCGGGAAGAAUUAAAUUUGACCAAAGCUACUCUAUGUGAAAUUACAGAGCAAAUAAAAAGUUUGAAAGAUGUUGAAGCAGCAAAAACUGCAAGUAAAAACGCAGACUGCCAAACUAGCUUCGUGUUUAGUGAUGAUGCAAAUGCAAAAGAUAAUUGGGACACCAUCAAGAUCGAAGUGAUUAAUGAUGAGUAUGAACCUCAGGAUGAAAGUGCUAAACUUCUCAAAGUGAUUUCGAGCAGAAUGAUUGAAAAUAAGGUCGACAAAAUAGUGAGCCCAAAAGUCAAGAAGUUUGAAGGAGAUCAUGGUGAUCUGAAAGAAGAAAAUCCGUCUGAGUCUGUACUUGUGAAAGAAUUGAGCCAAAAAUUGAGUGAUGCUGAGCAGCGGUACGUUUCCUUACAAACUUCAUUUGAAAGUUGUCAACGAGAGAUCGCAGAAUACAAAAACUCGUUACAAUUGGUUGAAAGUGAAAUGCAUAACUCGGGAACCCAAUUGAUUAAUACUAUUAAAAAGUUGGAAGAAACCGAACGCGAAAAAGAAGACCUAACAAGUAAAUUAAUGCAGUACGAGAUUGAGCUCCUAGAAUUGCAAAACUAUAAAAAACAUUGGGAAGAUAAAGAUAGGGAAAAAUCAGAGGUGAUGGAAAUAACUUUGAAAAAGGUUGCCUCCUUGGAAAUUGAAUUAUCGAAAACACUUGAAAAAUUACAAGAAGUAUCCACCAAGUGCAUAUUAGAACAUAUAAAUUACAUUACCAAUCUGGAAAAUGACAUCUCUGCUGCCAAGCAGAGAGAUGCGGAGAAAGAGCAGCUUUUAAAGAGCCAUGUUGGCAAGAUUACAAAACUUGAAGAGAACCUUGAAGAAAUAGGCGAUUUGCAAAAACAAAUAGCAAUGUUAGAUGAUCAAUUGAAAAUAUGUGAAGCUGAAAAAGCUCAUUUGCAAAUAAAACUAGAUAAGGACUACGAACAGUUAAAAUCAUUGGAGAAUGAAUUACAAGCAUCAAUGAGCCGUGAACAAGAAAAAGAAGCAGAAACUCUAUCUCUACAAAGAGAGAUGAAAACUUUGAUUCAACUGAAUUCAAGAGACUCGGUAAUGGAAAAGGAGGUGAAAGAUACGCUGCAGGAAUUGGAAAGAGCUAAAAAAUCUCUUGCUGAAACUGAGGCAGCUUUGAUAAGACUUGAUAAGUCGUCACAAUUGAAAAUAGAGAAAUUGGAAAUGCAAAUUCAGACUCUGGAACAAAAUGCUGAUCAUGUAGCUCUGCUGCAUGAAAGUGCAAAUGAUAAAGAAGCUGAUACCAAACUAUUGAGAAUAAAAUAUGAUGAUUUAAGGCGAAAGUUUGAUGACAAAGAACGUGAAAUGGAAUCGUUCAGUAAGAACCGAGAUGAGACCAUUCAGAGGUAUGAAGCUUUGGUCGAACAGCUCCGAGAGGACAUCAGUAAAAAUACCGGGGAGCUUAAGAAGUCCCAAUCCAUGGAGGAAGAAAAAGAAAACGUGGUUCAUACUUCGGAGGAUGAAAGUACCAAACAUGAGGUACACUCGAAACAAAGACGAAGAAAAAACGUACCUGGUCUAAUUGCCCAAACAAAUGCAGACAUCGAAUUGUCUGGCUCUGAACGUAGUGAGUCAAAGAGAGUAACGAGACGAACUGCUCUAGCACUACCAACCAUUCCUUCCUCAGAAAAAAGGAAACCAAGAAAAAAAAAACUCUUCGCACUUCAAGAAGAUAAUUACUUGGAUCUCGAAGCAUCUGAGUGCGUGCCCAAACCAGAACCAGCAAGUUCUCCGCCAAUGCCGUCACGUAUCUUAAGGAACAGAAGAAAAUAAUUUUUUACAUUAGUAAGCCUAGUAAGCUAAAUAUUUGCAUUACAUAUUUAACCAUAACCCAUUCCAUUAUACCGCUAUGCUAUAUUGUAUAACUUCUCUCAUUGAAUACAAAAAUCCGUACGGAUUUACGGAUGUAGGAAAAAAAGUGAUACAAUAAUUCCUUAUGUAGCAUAAUUUUUGAAGGACCUGAUUUACUUUUUU